CUGGAGAAGAUGGUGGAGAGGUGUCGUAUUCAGCUGAACUCAGAGAAGAGCCGGCUCACUUUCACCCUUCACUGCAAACAUGCUUGAGAGUGAGUCAGAGGCAGGGGCAGAAUGCAGGGGCAGUGGAGAGAGUUCCAUUGCUGAGGAAGAACAGGCAAGAUUAGACAGGGAAGAGAGUGAGAGCCAGGCUGAGUCAUUCCAGACCAGGAACUUCCAAAUAAGACUCUAAGAUUUCAGGAGAAGUGGUUCAGGGACUAUCCAUGGCUUCAUUAUUCUCCCAGUGCAAAUGGCGUGUUUUGUUUUUAUUGCAUGGCAGCCUUCAAAAGACAGAGUAGCACGCUUGCAAAAAAUAUGGAUCAAGCCUUUGUGUGAACUGGUUUUAGAAAUUGGAAAAGAGAAAUCGACAAAUUCUCAUCCCACCAACUGAGUCAAGCACAUAAAGUUGCGAUCACAACACACACAUACCAAGAAAGAAGUAUUGAAACACAGCUAUCCACAGCCAGGGAGCAGCAGCAAAGAGAGGCAAGAUCAUGCCUGCUCAAAAUAAUUAAGUGAAUUAGUUUUCUUGCCCACCAGGGUUUAGCUCUGCGUGGCCAUGAUGACAAUGAUUAAGGCAAUCUGAGGCAGCUUCUGCAACUCAGAUCCGAGGAUGAUGAUGUGCUGAAGAGAUGGCUAAGUAAGCCCUCAAGCAAUUACACAAGCGCUGAAAUUCAAAAUGAGAUUUUGAAUAUCAUGGCCAACUCCAUCGUUAGGAGAAUUGCAAAUACUGUACAGGGGUUGUCCACACUGCAGUACUCCAUUAUUAUUGAUGGAACCCAGGAUGUGUCGGGAGUUGAACAAGAGGCCAUAUGUAUCCGUUAUGUGGAUCAUGAUCUUGUCCCUCAUGAAGACUUUAUAGGUCUAUAUGAGGUGUCUUCAACAACAGGAAAGGACUUGGCUCGAAUGGCGACUGAUGUCCUCCUGCGGUUGAACUUGCCCUUGUCCUGUCUUCGAGGGCAGACCUAUGAUGGAGCUGCAAACUCGUCUGGCCAAAGCAAAGGAGUUCAAGCAGUUCUCAGAGAGAAGCAACCUCUUGCUUUGUAUGUCCAUUGCAGUCCUCACUGUGUCAAUCUUGUGACUCAGACAGCCUACGGCUCAUCCCCUGUUGUGUCUGAUGCACUGAAUUUGGUCCAUAAACUUGGCACACUCUACUACCAGUCUGGAAAAUAUAAGACCAUUUUUAAAGAGAUUGCGCAGUCUGAAGCGGGGAGUUUCAGAACUCUAAAACCCCUCUGCCCUACACGAUGGCUUGUGAGGAUAGUGGCCAUUCAGGCAGUCAAAGGGCAGUAUGAAGAGGUAUUGCUUAGUCUGGAGGAAAUGGCUGCAUCUGGCUCCUCUGAGAUGUGCACAACCGCAAGAGGACUUCUGGAGCGCUUUCAGAAGGGGCACACUUUGCUCGGUCUUCUUCUUGCCUCUGAAGUCCUCAAAGAACUAGAGUGCCUCAACCGCUCCCUUCAGAGCAAGACUGGAAGUGUCACAGGGAUGCUGGCAGCAGUUGAUUGCGUGAAAAAAACACUUGAAGUGAAGAGGUCUGAUGAAAGCUUCCAUCAGAGUUAUGCAAUGACCUGUGACAUGAUCAGUGAGAUGGGCAUUGAGACCAUCCAGAUGCCUCACAUCCGGAGACCUCCUAAGCGCUACACCGGAAAUGCAGUGUUCACACCAGCAUCCACUGAAGAGCACGAUAGAGUAGAAUACUUCAGUGUGUUAGAUGCUGUUGAUGUACAGUUGACCAAGCGCUUUGACCAGAGCAGCUUCGAUACUCUUAACAAGUUGGAAAGGGAGCUAGUCUCUGGAAAGGUGGAAGAUGAUGUUGUCAGUCUUUAACCAGAACUUAAUCGCAAUUCACUGGAGGUGCAGCUGGCAAUGUUUAAGCUUCAAUAUCCAUCCAGCACCAUCACUAACGCAGUAAACUCUCUCAAAGCUAUGCUGCCAGAAGUCCGUGCUCUACACAAGUAGAGUCUUUGGUUAGACUUCUUGUAGUGCCAUGCUCCUCAGCCGAAGCAGAACGAAGUUUCAGUGCCUUAAGAAGGCUUAAGACAUGGCUCCGCUCCUCCAUGAGUCAACGUCGUUUGAACAAAGUCUGCCACAUCCACCAAGACAAACUUGAUCAAAUUGACAUAGAGAUUUGCCAACUCUUUAU